AUGAGACUAUGCAUAUAUUUUUUAGUUGUAAUUAGCAAUUUAAGAGUGAGUUACAAUAUAAUACAUUUUUAUUAUUUUGUCUUACAUGUGGAAACCAAUUUGCUGCCAUCGAUUUGUACCCUGUUGAGUGAUCAUCUUCCGAGAGAGCUUGAUUUUGGUAAGGUUCGCAGAAUCUCGCCUUUAGGCAUUACUUUGGAGUCGUGCUCGAUUGGCCCUCACAGUGAAGAGUUCGCUUGUGGUGAGGUUCCCACCGUCAAGCUGCGUAUUCGUCCGUUUGCGAGCCUCAGAAGGGGGAAAAUAGUUGUUGAUGCUGUUUUGUCAAGUCCAAGUUUGUUGGUAGCACAAAAGAAGAACUAUACUUGGUUGGGAAUACCCUAUUUGGAAGGUGUUCCCCAGAGGCACUUGUCCGCUGAAGAGGGAAUCGAUCAUCGUACAAGAACAAGGAGGCUUGUGAGGGAGGAAGCCACGGUUCGUUGGGAAAGGGAAAGAGAUGAUGCAGCUAAAGUAUCUGCUGAGAAUGGUUAUAUCAUUUCAGAGUGUGAAUCUGUCCUGCCUGAGGAUGAUACUUACAAGGAGCACAUGGCUGGACCGACAAGGACAAGGCUAGGGACUCCCGAUACUUUCCAUUAUACAGAUGAGAAAUUGCAGUGGAGAGACCAUCACUGUAUGGAUGCUGGUGCCGAGUAUGAUUUGAAGCAUGCUGAUUUAGAGAGAUCAUUUGGUGCAAAAGUUUCAAGCCUUGAAAACAGCAUCUGGUCCAGGAUAAUGCCUGGAUCUGUGAGGCAUAAGUUCAAGAGGAAGGCCAACGGUAGGGAUUUAUCUAUGAGUAAUAUCGCUUCUAAAAGGCGACUUCUUGAGUGCAGUGCAUCCGCAGCACGUUCAUUUUUUGAAGGAUCUGUAGGCUUUGAUUCUCGCAAAAUGGAUUGUUCCAUGACAGGCAGCGAUGAUGCUGAUUUUUCUUGUUCUGAGGGGACCCAGUUCAAAGGAGAUCAGAGAGCUGUGUAUCAGGAUGUAAAGGUUGACAAUAGUGUUGGUGGUAGAGAUGAUGAACUUGCUGUAGAUUUACCGACAAAUAAUGAUAUCUUUGAGGCAGACAGACUGAUUUUGUUUCUCGAGUAAUUUUAGAAAUUCCAUCUAGAAAUCGGAUGGAUAAGGCUCAAGAUCCGUUUCUCUUUACUUUGGUGAAACUUAGUAAAGUUAAAAACUACAGUGACAAAUUUUCAUCAGUAAAAACUGUUAGAGGAACAAGAAACACUAAUAAUAGUGGCAUAAACAAUGAAUAUCUUGAAGGAGAUAAUACAGUAGAAACAGAUGUCAGGUUGGUCAAGGAGGUGGAUAAUGUUGAAGAUGACAUCUCGGGCACUCAGGGCUCUGGUGCCUCUAGUAGUUCCAGUCGUACUGAGGUUGAGUCUUCAAGUUCAUUUAGUUUUUUGGAAAAUUUCCACCAUUGAGUUCACAGUUGGGCCUGUCCACUGCCUAUGAAAACUUCACAGCAUUUACUUGACAAUCCUUGGGAAAGGCUGAAGUCUGAGAUCAGGGAGGGAUUUGAACAAAUAUCGACAGAAAUAGUCGACGAGAUUGGUGGAGAAAAUACUUCAGGCAUAGAGAAAAUGAUUUCUGUAGUUCUUGACUCGGUACAUUGUCAUACAGAACCAAGGAAGAAAUAUGCUGCUUGAAAGAUCAAUUUAAAUCCUUUGGUGUUUUGGCUAUCUCCUAAGGAAUUCACUAAGAAUACAUUAGCAUGAUGUUUGUUGGAAACUAUGAUGCUUGGUUUACUUGUCUGAAACAAUACUUUUUUGUCAAAUCUUUCAAAAUUCGAAAUAUGUUUAAGGAUAGUGGUUGUGUUAAACUUCUUCAAUCGAAAAGACCUUGAGAAAAAAAGUGAAACGCUAAAUUAUCUGGUUGUUUAUACUUUAUUUGAGCAUGGAUUUUACAUUUGUAGGCAUAUCUUGUGCCAAUUUUCUUACAGAUGUGGGAUUCCUUACUCCAAUUAUUUGGUUUUAAUUGCUGUUCCUUUUAUAGAGAAAUGAGAAGUUUCAGAAUCACUACGUGCGUGUGCGUUGCGUGUGCAUGUGCAGCUUAGUGGAAAUUGUAAAAUGUGGAGAUCAGAUUUGACAUCUGAAGAUGGUGGAUGGUUGUCCACUGAUGGAGCAGAAAUGGCAUGCCAACUUGAAAAUUGCAAAUCUCUUUGUUCCGAGCUUCCAAUUUCAUGGUCUAAAGGAAGAGCUAGCGGCGAGGUGCUUCUCUGACUUCAUAUUUUAAUCGUCUCUGGUUAACGAUAUCUUAGCUUGUAUAUGCAUGUCACGGGGAGAAAGCUUUCCUAAUCUUCAUGGACAACUUGAUGUAACGGGGUUGACCUUUCACAUGAAGGAUGUUUAUGCAAGCUUGUUUUUCCGAGCCCAGCGAAUAUUUUUGCAUAAUGCAAGGGGAUGGUUUGGUGAUAUUCCAUUAGAAGCAUCUGGGGAUUUCGGCAUUGAUCCAGAGCAAGGAGAAUACUCCCCCGUCCACGAAAAAUAGGGCACAUUUGCUAUUUUUGGUUGUCCACGAAAAAUAGGGCACAUUCAAAAAAGGAAAGUUUUCAACAACUUCUCUCUUACUAAUAAUAUGGACUCCACA